AUGAGAAUCUACAUUUUGACAAUUCUUUUGGCUAUACUUAGCCCAACGCGGUCUCACUCGUGGGUCGAGAGGCUCAUGGUCAUUGCCGACAAUGGCACAAUGGUUGGCAAGCCAGGAUAUAUUCGUGGCACCAUCUCCAGGCUGGAUCCAACCUUUAAUGAUUUCCAAAUGCAACACCUCCUGUCAACAAGUCCUGAGAAGCGGGACAGAGAUAACAUAUGUAAAUCUACACAAACCUUCCGUAACUACAGUGCAGAAUUCCCUGCUCUCAAAGCACCUCCAGGAGGUUUUGUCGCUCUUCAGUAUCAGGAAAAUGGACACGUUACUUUGCCCGAGCUUACACCGGAGAAGAGGAGUAGUGGUUUUGUGUACAUAUAUGGAACAUCGAAUCCUCUAGACAAUGAUACACUAAGCUCGAUUCAUGGAGUUUGGAAUGAGCAAGGAACUGGAGGCGAUGGCCGCGGAAUACUGCUCGCGGUGCGGGAGUUUGACGACGGACGAUGCUAUCAGAUAAAUGACGGUCAUAUAUCUAAGGAGAGGCAGAUGCUCUACCAUAAAAUUGCAAUGGAUCCCCAAGGCGCAGAUCUUUGGUGCCAAAACGAUGUGGAACUUCCUUAUAAUAUCAGCUCCUCGUGGUUUACUCUCUAUUGGGUGUGGGACUGGCCUAGCUCCCCAAGCACUGUCUUACCUGAAGGGAAACAGGAAAUUUACACAAGUUGUUUGGAUAUACAGGUUAUAGAGGGGCUUCAGCUGCAUUUUUUAGAGUAUAUUGACGGACAAGACUUGAACUCUGCAAGUAUCAAGCAUCAGCUAGAAAAGUAA